AUGAAUCGGUGUCAUGAUCGGGCUUUGGAGCGAGUUGCCGCCAGAAUUAUCGACGAUCCACGAGGUGGGCGUGUCGACCUGUGAAGCCUUUCCUUGUGGUGGGCUUGAGCCGAACUAGUUCUUCGAUAUUUGGACCGCCUUCAAACCAAUUUCAUUCAGAAUUUGUUCAACGCCGGAGGUUCGAUUAGAGAAACAUGCGGCCAUGUACUGCUCCACUCGCCCCCUACAAAGCGCUGCUCAUUUUCUCAAGGCCUCCUGGAAAUCAAACCACGUAAGUUUCAGAGCUUUGAUUUCUUGUAAUUACAAGGAUUACGAAGAUGAUUCCAUCCAACCCAGCCUUCAAAACAUUAGCCAAAAGCAAAAUUUAUCAGACAAUGUCGACAUCCAAUUCCUGGUUCAGUUACUGCGAAAUGGGUCUCCUCCGACCCCUCACAUUCUCAGUCAAACCAUAUCCGCCUGCACGAAAUCCGGCCUUCUGGACUUGGGAAUUCAAGUCCACUCAGCCAUUGUCAAGCUCGGUUUUUCUCUCAAUCCUUAUAUUUCUAGUGCUCUUGUCGAUAUGUAUGGUAAAUGUUGGUCCAUGUCGAAUGCCCAGAAGGUGUUCGAUGAAAUGCAGUGUCCAAAUGUAGUCACUUGGAAUUCGUUGGUUACUGGUUAUUUGCAAGCAGGCUGUCCUUUAAUGGCAAUUACUUUGUUUUUAGAGAUGCUAAAGCAGGGGAUUGAACCCACCCCCUUCAGUUUAUCUGGUGUUCUUGUGGGCUGCUCUCAGUUACAAGCUGGAAAGCUUGGAACUCAACUACAUGGUGUUAGUUUGAAACUAAGGUUUUCGUCUAAUGUUGUUGUGGGUACAGGGUUAAUUGACAUGUACUCCAAGUGUUGCAAUCUCGAAGACUCGAGGAGAGUGUUCGAUAUAAUGUCGGAUAAAAAUGUGUUUACUUGGACUUCAAUGAUCACUGGUUAUGCUCGGAAUCAGCAACCUCAUGAGGCAAUGGUUUUGAUGCGAGAAAUGCUGCAUCUGGAUCUUAAACCAAAUUAUAUGACUUACAAUAGCUUGCUAAGUUCAUUUUCAUGUCCUCAUCAUUUUGAUCAAUGCAAGCAAAUUCAUUGCCGGGUAAUAGUGCAAGGGUUCGAGAGUAAUAACUAUAUAGCUGCUACCCUUGUUACUGCAUAUUCAGAAUGUUGCAGUAGCUUAGAAGACUAUAGGAAGGUUUGCUCAAUCGUUACAAUAUCAGAUCAGAUUUCAUGGAAUGCUGUUAUAGCUGGUUUUUCUAACUUGGGCAUAGGUGAGGAAGCUUUGGAAUCUUUCAUUCAAAUGAGGCGGGAAAAUAUCGAUGUAGACUUUUUCACGUUUACAAGCAUUUUUAGGGCCAUAGGAAUAGGUUCAGCUCUAGAAGAAGGAAGGCAAAUUCAUGGUCUAGUGUAUAAAACUGGAUAUGGCCUAAAUUUAUUCGUCCAAAAUGGUCUUGUAUCUAUGUAUGCUAGAUGUGGUGCUAUCAGUGAUUCAAAGAAAGUGUUCUCGAGGAUGAACAAGCAUGACUUAAUAUCAUGGAAUUCAUUGCUUUCAGGAUGUGCAUACCAUGGUUGUGGUGAAGAGGUCAUUGACAUGUUCGAGCAAAUGAGGAGGACAUCAGUCAAACCAGAUGAUACCUCCUUCCUUGCUGUGCUCACUGCAUGUAGUCAUGUUGGUUUGCUGGACAAGGGACUUGAAUAUUUCAACUUGAUGAGAAAUAGAUUGCUUGAACCUCCAAAACUGGAGCAUUACGCUACAGUAGUUGACCUUUUUGGUCGAGCGGGAAAUCUUCACGAAGCUGAAGCUUUCAUUGAAAACAUCCCUAUAGAACCAGGGAUAUCAAUUUACAAAGCUUUGCUAAGUGCUUGCCUAGUCCAUGGGAAUAAAGAUAUUGCCAUUCGGACUGCAAAAAAGCUUCUGGAACUAUAUCCACAUGACUCAGCUACUUACAUCAUGCUGUCAAAUGUGUUGGGGAGAGAUGGUUAUUGGGAUGAUGCUGCUAGGAUAAGGAGGCUAAUGUCCAAUAGAGGAGUCAAGAAAAACCCUGGUUUCAGUUGGAUGUGACUUCAAUAAAAGGAGAAUUUUCAGCAUAAAUUAUGUUCCUAGGAAGCAAAUGGUUCACAGUUUAAACCCUUCUCCAAUGGGGUUGAUGGCUAAACUUCCCCAACGAUCACUUUAAGAUUCUCUCUAAGGUGUAUUCUCUUAGAUCCCGGGACAAGGUUCAUCUGAUGCCUGCGAGUGUUACCUACAGUAUGGUCAAAGAGUGCUGGCGCUUGGAUUAGUCCCUUUCUGGUGAUAAGAAUUCGACAUAUACACAAUUCCUAGCUCUGUAUUCAUUCAAAACUCACUUAUUUGUGAUAGAUCGACUACAUGGGGGAUUUCACUUAUAGAAUCAUCACUUAGUCUAUGAGCCUUAUGCUGCCGUUAUUAAUGUCAAGACACAGAAGGAGAACAAGGUGCUCUUUCUAUUUCGGUCGAGCCCAUGAUCUUAAAGUUGGAAAAGUAUACAAAAAGUCCAUCUCUGGUUCUCUUUACCACAUUUUUUGUUCAGGUAAAUCGCAGAAUAAGGCUAUGGUCUGCAGGAGAAGGCUCUGAAAUCAUGCUGAGUGAGAAGGGGGACUUGACAUUGGAAGACCAAGAAAAUUAGUAGAAAUUCAAACAAUUGAACCAAAAUUUCAGAACUUCCAAGCCUACAGAAAGAGAAAUUACUGACCAGGAGACUGUGCAUCAUUUUGGUGAACAAAUCAAUAUAUAUUGUUGCUUGUAAGAGAAAGGAGAAGAACCAGUAAUGUGGUCCUCAAAGAGCACCCUUCCAGCUUCUCCAAACUGAAAAGGGAACGUCUGGAGCUGAAGCAUAUUAAAAGUUAGCAGAGAAAAAUAUUCCUUCCUCCAGAAUGGUUUUGUUGGAAUAAGAAUCUUCCAAGUUUCAAACAAGAAACGCAGGAAGUUACUGCUGAAAUCAUCGCCUGCAUUGUAAGAUUAAAUGAGAUCCUGUUUCGUUCAGUAUAGAUGUAAAUGCUAGAAAUUCUUAUGUAGAAGUUUCUUAAGAAAUGGAUUGGAAUUACCUU